AUGCGCACUCCGCCGCUCCGUCUGCAUCCCGAGCGCGCGCGAGCCAAGAGGAUGAACUUGUCGCGAUACCUGCGUUUUCGAUUGAAAGUCUCUCCGGACAUACACAUGCCGUGGUUCAAAAGAAGCGUCAAAAUGUUUCUACACGGAGUGACACCAACGCAUCCUGAACUUAUACGCUUGUUUAUGGCGCUGCCUCUCCAAUGCCAUGCCUCGUUGGGUUGA